AUGCUGCCCUUCAGCUCUCUCUGUUUCGUUACAACACUCCUCCACGUGGCCGUCCUCGUCGGAUGCGCCCGUCGGCGAGCCACGGGCCGAAAGUCGAAGCGUCGCGAGAACUCCAGCAAAGUGCUGCGUAAUAGACGUCGGAUAAACAAGAUGAGCUCUUCGGGGCUGCCCGGCCAUUGUACAUCUGCUGGCAACAAAGAUUCGACUUCGGACUCUUGCCAUGAUACGAGUUCCAAAGGCUCUAUGAGCUCUUCGGGGCUGCCCGGCCAUUUUACAUCUGCUGGCAACAAAGAUUCGACUUCGGACUCUUGCCAUGAUACGAGUUCCAAAGGCUCUAUGAGCUCUUCGGGGCUGCCCGGCCAUUGUACAUCUGCUGGCAACAAAGAUUCGACUUCGGACUCUUGCCAUGAUACGAGUUCCAAAGGCUCUAUGAGCUCUUCGGGGCUGCCCGGCCAUUGUACAUCUGCUGGCAACAAAGAUUCGACUUCGGACUCUUGCCAUGAUACGAGUUCCAAAGGCUCUAUGAGCUCUUCGGGGCUGCCCGGCCAUUUUACAUCUGCUGGCAACAAAGAUUCGACUUCGGACUCUUGCCAUGAUACGAGUUCCAAAGGCUCUAUGAGCUCUUCGGGGCUGCCCGGCCAUUGUACAUCUGCUGGCAACAAAGAUUCGACUUCGGACUCUUCCCAGGAUACGAGUUCCAAAGACUCUGUCCUGCAGUCGAUCAUCGAGACCGAAGUGAUCGAGUUCCCGCGUGCCGCUGAAGAUGAAGAGUCCAAUGAUGAGAACGUGGACAAUAACGUUGAAGUGGCCCGCCGUAUUUUCGGCCGGUGGACAAGAAACUCGUUCUCUUCUCACGCGUCGCACAUUGCUUUUUACGAGGAGUUGCUGAAAAUGUGGACCGAGUUGGACCAACGUCUGAGGGACCAAGGGCGCCCCAUCAAGUCGACACGCCCUCGUCCGGGUGUGACGCCAUGCGAGGUAUCAGGCCAUGAUGUCUUACCGGAUUUCGCCACGGAACCAGAAUGGCAUUCUGCGGAAAAGAGGGCCCUUGAACGCGCUCGUGCACAUGCUGCCCUCGAACCCGAUGCUCUAUUCAAGAUUUACGACGCAGCGCUCGGCCACCUCUUCACACUGGUCGAUCUUGAGAAGAAUCGGCUGAGCAAGGCUGUGGAGGAAAUCGCCUCUGUCAACGAUGCGCUCGAGUCGAUGAACAAACACGUCCUCGAGCAACGGAAGGUCGUUCGGGGACAUCAAGAGAAGGUCGAGGGUUUCGGUCAUAUCCAGAAGCGAAUCUGGGCGCAUAUUUUGCAAGAACAUUCCGUCGAGAAGAGUGGAAAGACCCGCUCCGUCACCAACAUUUUCCGCCCGAAGACUGCCAAGAUUAUUUUGAAUGAAGCUUCAGUGGAGCCGACGAUUGAAGGCCCCGAAAAGCCAAUGAAGAUUGCCCACCCGGCCGACCGCGAACAACAACGCGGUGAGGUGAAGCCGGCCAAGUUUGUUUCUGCUACUGCCGUCGUCGCGGCCCCGGAUACUGGGCCUCAGCGGGAGGAUGAGAACACCGCGAGCUGCUGUCCCUCCACGGCCUCCGCAACGACCGCUGUCCGACCUGCUACACCUUCCUCAACUACUACGGCCAUCUCGCUUGAAAAGAGCAUGACCCCCUCAACCGGCCGCUCAUCAGUCACAAACAUUUCCGAAGUACGGGGCGCCUUCGACAGCCCGAAGAGCAAAUACCACGGAGAGAAUGACAACGUGAAUUCUAUUGCCAGUUCGAACGGAAAACAGCCAAGCCCGAAGCCGGAAAAGCCGAAAAGCGGUGACGAGAAGAAG